GUUACGUAUGAUAGUAAUAGCUUUUACCUUUUCGGUCAACCAUUUAUGAUCAAUUCGGCAGAAUUUCAUCCAUGGCGUAUUCCCGUUCCAGGAUUAUGGAGAGAUGUUUUACAAAAGCUCAAAUCUGGAGGUUAUAAUACCGUUUCAAUUUAUACACAUUGGGCAUUAACAACUCCUGCCAAUGAUCCUUCUUCUGUUUCUUUGGAUGGACCUCCCAACAGAUUGUCAGACUUCUUAACAAUUGCAAGAGAAGUUGGCAUCUUUGUCAUCGUUCGACCGGGUCCUUACAUCAAUGCUGAAAGUACUGGUGGAGGUAUGCCUGGUUGGGUGCAAAAUUUGGAAGCAGUUUUACGAUCCAAUGGCACAACCUGGAACAAUGCUUGGAUGCCGUAUAUGAAAGCAGUUGUUGAUGCUGCUGUUCCUUUCCAAGUUAAAUCUGGAGGUGCUAAUGGUGCUUUGGAUACUUCUGCUGGAACUGUACUUGCAUUCCAAGUUGAAAACGAAUUCCACGAAGCCCCAGGUGAAAAAGAAUAUUUUAACUUAAUCAUUCAAUUCUACAAAGAAAAUGGAGUUUACGUUCCUACAACGUAUAAUUCUAUUGGCUCAAACACUUACGUUGAUGAUUUCAACCUUGACAUUUGGGGAAAAGAUGCUUAUUUCCAAGGUGAAGAUUGCUCAAAUCCCGACAAUUGGAUGCCAUUGCAAAAUUAUACGAGCCUUUCCACUUUACGUCCCUCCAAUCCAGCAAGUAUUCCUGAAUUCCAAGGAGGUGCUUAUGAUAACUUUGGCGGUGCAGGAUACGACAAAUGCGCAAUGAUGACCAACGGUAGCUUUGUCAAUGUUGCCGAAAAACAAGUAUACGGUGACGGAUUGAAGUUCAAGAGUGAUUAUGCAGGUUUCGGUGGUACCAAUUGGGGUAAUCUUAUGUUUGGUACAUUUGUUUAUACAAGUUACGAUUACGGUGCAGGAGUGGAUGAAAGCAGAAUGAUUCGUGAUAAGUUACGUGCUUCCACUUUGCUUUCUUCGUUCCUCAAAUCUUUCACUGCUUUUGCCACCUCAAAGCUUAAAGUGCAAGGAACAAAUAUCGGCGUCACCAAUCAAUCUGAAGACAUUGUGGUGUCAGAAUUGCAACAGAUUAACGGCACACAAUCAUUCUAUAUCGUUCGUCAUGCAAAUAAUGCUGCAAGCACGAUUGCUACUUUCAAUCUUAAUGUAGAGCCCAUCAACGGACAACAAACCACCAUUCCAAAGAACGGCAAGAUGUCAAUCGUGGGUCGUGAUGCGAUCAUCGUUCCUGUCAAUGUUGCUAUGGGCUCAUCUGGCUUGACGAUGAACUACAGUACAACUGAUGUUAGCUUUGCAAGUACAAUAGGAAGCACAGUUGUGGCUAUUUUACACGGUCACGCAGGCUAUGAGUACGAAUUCGUACUUUCUGGUUCUGGCUUAGGCACCAUCACUGCUUCUGAUCAAUCUGUCAAGAUUCAACAAGAAUCCGGUAGUGCCACAAUUCAAUGGACCCCAUCUUCCAACAAAGCAUUCACAGUCAAUGUUCCAGCCGCAGAUGGAAAGAAGUUGAUGAUCAGAUUAGCAGAUGUUGAAUAUGCUCAUGCAUUACAGUUCCCUACUACUGCUUCCAACACAGCUGAUGCUGUUUUGAAUCAAGGUGAUGAUCGUGUAGUCGUGAAUGGUGCUUACCAUGUUGCAAAUGCCACUUUGAACGGAGACACUUUGGCGCUUGUCGGUCAAUUGAACGGAACAUCAUCAUCCUCAUUGGACGUCAUUGCUCCUGAGACUGUCAAACAAAUCACCUUCAAUGGUGCCAAACCUACUUCGUCUUCUGCCAAUGGUGGUAGCUUACAGGCUACAUUUGCAGGUGCUUCUCAAGAUGCUUUGAACUAUGAAGCACCAGGCCUGUCCGGAUGGAAAUAUCAAGAUUCAUUGCCUGAAAUUCAAACUGGUUAUGUACCUGAUUCAAAUUGGGUCAAAGCAGACUUGACAAAGACGCCAAACGCAUGGUUCGGUCAAGCUACAACACCAAAUGUUCUGUUUGCAGAUGCAUAUGGAUUCUAUUCCGGUGGUGCAGUGCUUUGGCAAGGUCGCUUCAAUGCUUCUUCUGCAAGUGAAAUUGCUUCAAUGGCAAGUAAACUUAAUGUGACUUAUUAUGGCGGUCAAUAUUUCGCUACUUCAACAUUUUUGAACGGUAAAUUCGUUGGAUCGACUAGCGUUUCGAAUAUUGAAUACGCCAAUUCUGCUUAUGACCUUUCCCAAGAUCAAUUUGUGAACGGCGAAAACAUAUUCACGGUCAUCGUUGAAUCUACCGGUUUACAAGAAUGGGAGACUGCAAAGAUGCCUCGUGGUAUUUUGCAAUUCGAUCUCUUACAAUCAAACGGAAGCAAGACCAAUAAUGUAACGUUGGAUUGGAUCGUAACAGGUAAUCAAGGUGGUGAUAAAUUAAUCGAUAAGACUCGUGGACCACUCAAUGAAGGUGGCUUAUACGGAGAAAGACAAGGAUGGCAUUUGCCUGGCUUUGAUGAUUCUAAAUGGGCUGCCCAAGAUCCAACAUCAAGUGACGGUGGCGUAAAAGGAGCAGGCGUUGGUUUCUACCGUACAACUGUAGACCUUGCCAUUCCUGAUGGAUAUGAUAUUCCAUUCUCGUUCGUAUUUGAUGGAGCUUCAAAUGAUAGUUCCAAAACUUGGAGAACGUUGCUUUUCGUAAACGGUUGGCAAUUCGGUAAAAGAGUGAUCAAAUUUGGACCUCAAACCAAAUUCCCUAUCCCUCCCGGUAUUCUUGACCCUAAAGGUCAAAACACAAUCGCUCUUGCCGUUUGGUCUCCUGAUGAAAAUGGUGCCGUCUUGCCUCAACUCUCUUUGCAAAAGCAAGGCGUCUUCGUAGGUCCAGUUACGUAUGAACUUAACAAUCCUACGUAC